UAUUCUGUUUUUAAUAUGCACAGUGGCUGCAUUAACCAACCGAAUUUAUAUUGCAAAUGCCAAUUGAAUAAAAUGUGGAAAUUUUUACUAAUUUGUGUCGUUAUGAGCAGUUUAUACAAUGAGAGUGAUGCCGUAGCACGUAGAGCUGUCCGCCGCCGUCGCGGCUAUGCCGGCAGCUAUGCGGGUGGCUAUGCCAAUGGUGGGUCAGCUGGUGGCUACACUGGCGGCUACAAUGAUUACGAUGACUAUGGCGGCGGCUAUACACCGUACUUUGGCAUCACGGAUCCCUAUCUGUUCCAUCAGCAGCUGACCAAUCAGAUUCUGGCCCAGAACUAUGCGACCCAACAAGCUAUAACGGGACUGGCCACUUCUGGUGAUGCGUCCGUAUCCGCGGAUGCUGCCAUAAGCGACGAUGACACACGCAUUCAGCAUCAGAUCGCUGCCAAUAGCAACCGAGGUGGAGGUGGCUACAAUUCGCAUCGCUAUGCGCCCAGCUAUGCCGCUGCUUCUGGCUCGAUUGGAUCCAAUGGAUACAGGCAGACUGCCUACAUUAGUCCCGCCAAUCCGGCCCAACCCAAUAUUGUGAAUCGCUUUGGUGGCAGCAGCAGCGGUGGUGGUGGUGGCUAUAAGGGCGUCUCCGUCUCCUCGUUCAGCACCAGCAAUGGCGAUGGCACCAGUCGACGUGGCGCCCAGACGACCGUCAACGAUAAUGGCAAGGUGACGUCAUAUUCGGUGCACUCGUAGAGCUGACUUGACUCAACUCAAUUGAAUUCAGCUCAACUCAACUCAAUUUUUGGUGUUUAGCAUAUUAUAAACCUUAAGAACGCUAACAGUUCUCUAUUUAUAUGUUACAAUACAAAUCAAAAUAUAUACAUACAUAUAUAAUAUA